UGGUCUCAUAUCCAAGUACUAACCAAGCCCAAGCAUUGCUUAGCUUCUGUGAUCAGGCUUACUCAAGGUGGUGUGGCUGAUAAAUGAUAAAAAAUUCACUUUAGCACCCCCUAAACAAAAGGAGGUGCUAACAAAGACUGGCCAUUAAAGAAAACAGUCUAUAAAUUAAAAGUUCAGAUGUAGCAGUGAACCAAAAACAGCGGUGCAGAGCAGGCCACUGAGAGCCCGCUGGUCAAACAGAAGCUGUCAUGCCACCAGCGGACCCCGCGUUGGCAUGCUCUAAUGAAAUCCGGAGCGGACUGGGGCCCGGAACAUGAUUACAUGAUUCCCACAAUCCCAACGUUACGUUUUCUUUAUCUUUCUGAUCCUUUGAAAUGUACGGGAAGUGGGCAGCUCUGCAUUUGUCUUUCUGUAAAAGUGUUUAUGGUCCUGUCCUUGUUUCGCCGGCAGCAGCGCCGGUAUCCUUCUCAGUGUCCUACCAGGUAGCCCCCUAACCAGCCUGCACCAGCAUGCCAAAGAAAGGCGGUAAGAAGUCUGCAAAGCUGAGCAGCAUGAGCGAGGAGGAGCGGCUGCUUUACAUGCAGCAGAAAGCCCUGGCUGAGGAGGAGCUGAGCAAGAAGAAGGAGGACAUACUCACUCAGUAUCUCAAGGACAAGCUUGCGAAGGAGGAGAAGAACAGUGCGCUGAACCUGAACAAGAUUAACCAGCAGUGGCGAGUGCUGAUGAGGGAGACGAAGGCGCGCGAGCUGAAGAAGGACAUCGAGGUGCUGAGCCAGACCUUCGAGAGAGUGGUGGACCGCAAGGACAGCGUCAUCAAGUCUCUGGCCAGGGACCUGGAGGAAGCUGAGGCCCAAUAUUCACAGGCUGUGAGGGCUCACCUGCACAAUCUGGACGUGCUGCUGCAGCUGCAGAGAGGGAGGCUGGAGAGCCUGGAGCAGAACUACCAGGCUGAGCUGGAGGCGCUGCGGAGCGAGUUCCACACAGAGAGAGAGCUGAUCCUCUCCCAGCACCAGCAGGAGUGCACCCACCUCGAGGACGUCUCCUUCGCAAUGGAGCAGAACUACAGCGAGCAGGAGAACGACGUGAAGCAGGACUUCAACAGCGUCCGAGACGAGAUCAAGAACAAGAACAUCGAGGAGAAGCACGCCCUGCGCAUCCAGCUGGAGGGCAGGGUGGAGGAGCUGUGGCGCCACUUCCAGCAGGCGCUGCGCAGCUACAACGAGGCCACCGAGGAGCGAAAGAGCGCCUUCGAGGCGCUGCGGGGACGGGACGAGAAGAGUGCCAAGGAGAUCGAGAUGCAGAUGAAGAAAAUACAGAAGCUGCAGGACUCCAUCGCGCUUGUGCGCUCCCGACUCGGCUCCAACGCGCGGGAGAGCGAGAAGCAGAACCGCCGGCUGCAGGAGGAGAAGGAGGCGAUCCAGGGGCACUUCCACACCAUCAAGACCCAGAUGAACCGGGCCCGGGCCCGUGAGAGAGGGCAGCUCGCCAAGCUCACCCUGCACAGCAACACUGCCAUCAAGAAGCUCCAGCAGCUCAUUGAGAAGGGGGAGUACGUGCUCAGGCUGACAGAGAUGUGUCGCAAGCUGGAGACGGAGGAGGAGAAGGUGCUGCCGUUCUACAGCUCCUCCCUGAGUGCAGAGGAGCAGAGCCAGGAGCAGGCAGCUGCCCUGGAGCCCCCCACCGAACAGCUAGCCCAGGCCAUGCAGGAUUACACUGCUCUGGAGCUCUUCUGGAAGCGCUACAACAAGGCCCUGCUGGAGCAGAUGGCUCUGGAGCAGGAGAAGGUGGUACUGGGGCGGGAGAACGCUCAGCUCAGGCAGCUCCUGAAGCAGUACCUGGACGGGAUCUCCGUCAGCGACGACACCCUCGGGCAGCUCAACCCACUGUUCAUCGUGAACCAGCGCACCAACGCCAGGCUGCCCGCCGUGCCGGUCAGCGAGGGCAGGGUGGCACGGCACGCACACACCGUGAUCGAGGCGGCACACAUCGUCCAGCACACCAUCUGAACCGGGCGCUGCGAUAACUCAUCACGACCCGGACUGAACUGAAGCCAUCGGACAGAGCGUUCAUCAUCUUAAGUGUCUUGGAUGUUUCUUUACAAUAGUUUGCACUUUUUUUUUGUGAGUGGAGAAUCAUAAUCCUAGUUGGCACAUUAAUUGAACCUAGCGAGUUGCUUCCUUUUUUGUAACAUUAAUAGUUUUCUUUUCACAUAAAAAAGGGGCAAAUUGCAUUUCUGUGUAAAGAGCUUGAUAGUAGGCGGGUGGUUUAAAGAAGUGAUAACCAAGGCUUAAAUCCAUUUUCUUUUAUACUGUAGCUUUUAUCAUAUCAUAUGGGAAAGAGUACAGGGAAAUCAACACCUAGACAAGUGUUGUAGCACGUGCCUUCAUCAAAAUGUGCCAGUAAGCAGGACCAGAAACCUUUUAUUUGUUACAAUAUAUCUACAAACCCCAUACAAAAACAAGCAAAGAUCUUCUAUCAUAAGAAAAGGCUUAAGAGUUAAGAAAACGGAUUGUACAGCCUUGGAUACCGCUGCUCUCAGUUCAGCAGAAAUCCUCACCACAGCCUUCCUUCUGUAAUAACAGGGUGAACUAGAGCUGUGUGUAACACCCUAUAACCCACUCACUGGAUCACUAACUCUUGUGUAUUUAUUAUAAAGCAUUCAAUGUCAUGAUGUAUAAAACACUAUUCUCUUAUAAUAAAUGCAGUCUAUAAUGGACAAGCCCUA